GUUCAGUUGACUGAGGCAGACGAGGUCUUGCUGCAGAAUCAAGGAGCUCUUUCAUUUUCUUGUAGGUAUUUUUCAGACACGUUGUGGUCAAGAGAAAGCAGUUAUUAACUCAAUAAAUAACAAAAAGGCUGUGCAAAAAUUUAUAAUGCUUUCCACAAUUGAUAUAUAAAGGAUAAAGACUUCUUCAAUAACAGAAAAUCGGAGGAAAAUUAUAUUACUGUCAGUUGUCUUUGCUAAUGUUUUCAUUUUGGCAACUGCUCGUUUGCGACAAAUGGAUUUAUCAGCGCGGGCUUUUUAACUAGCUACAGCAGGUGUUGGAGCCACGCAGACCUGCAUUUCGGAUUUAUUUUGUAUAUGAGGGGAACGAGACGGAGUGUGAGAGCGGUGUGUGCGCGACAGGACUGCACAACGAGCGCGUGAGAUCUAGCAUGACGCUGAAGAAGCACAUCUACACCUGAGAGAAGAUGCGCCUGCACGCGCGCCUGCAUAAAUGAGCGCGCUUUAUUUACAAUCACUGAUAAAAACCCAAUUGAAGGAGAAAAAAAGAGACUGAAAUUACAUAACUGACCAAUGGAGAUUCACAAGUACCUGCUGCUAUUCAAGAUCACCAUUCUACUUAAAGGGCUGUGUGAAUGUUUUAAUAUUGAUGUAAAGAGACCAAGGAUCUUCAGUGGACCAGAAGAUGCUUUGUUUGGUUUCUCUGUGUUGCAGCAUGAUGACAAUGGAGAAAAAUUACUCCUAGUUGGUGCUCCAUGGGAUGGACCACAAAAUAAUAGGAAGGGAGAUAUUUACAAGUGCAUUGUGGAAGAUGAGAAUUCCAAUUGCUCCAAAGUUAAUCUAGGUGAAAAUGCAUUUCAGAAUGUGUCUCGAAAUCUUAAAAACUCUCAUUUGGGGAUGACCCUGACCCCUACUGAUUCAGACGGCUUCCUGGCAUGCGCUCCUCUGUGGUCCCAGGAAUGUGGAACAUCUCUGUUCAGCACAGGAAUCUGUGCAUCUGUCACCAGUGACAUGGAGCCCAAUGACGUCAUUGCACCAACGGCACAGAGAUGCACCACAUACAUGGACAUAGUGAUUGUUUUAGAUGGCUCUAAUAGCAUCUACCCCUGGUAUGAGGUGCAGAACUUCCUCAGCAACAUACUCAGCAAGUUCCACAUUAGCCCUGAGCAAAUGCAGGUUGGUGUCUUGCAGUAUGGGGAGAUUUCGGUCCAUGAGUGGUCUCUCAGGGACUAUCAGACAACAGCAGAUGUGGUUGAAGCCGCCAAGAACAUCAGCCGCCAGGAGGGACGAGAGACCCGGACAGCCUACGCCAUCCAAAUGGCCUGCACGGAGGCCUUCAGUCCUGACAGAGGAGCGAGGGAAGGGGCCACUAAAGUGAUGAUAGUGGUGACCGAUGGAGAGUCCCAUGAUGGCGAAGACCUUCCCGAGGCCCUGAUUGAAUGUGAGAAGCGUAACAUCACCAGAUAUGCCAUCGCUGUAUUAGGUCACUACAUCCGCAGACAGCAGGACCCAGAGACGUUCAUCAAUGAGAUUAAGUACAUCUCCAGUGACCCCGAUGAGAAAUACUUCUUCAAUGUGACGGAUGAGGCUGCUCUAAAUGACAUUGUAGAUGCGUUGGGAGAUCGCAUAUUUAGUCUAGAAGGCACUUUAGGAUACAAUGAAAGUGCCUUUCUUAUGGAGAUGUCUCAGAUUGGGUUUUCAACACACAUUUUGGAUGAUGGCAUCUUGUUUGGCAUGGUGGGAGCCUACGAUUGGGAGGGAGGCAUCCUGAAAGAAAGCAAAGAAGGGCAGCUUAUGCCCCCACGAGAGGCCUUUGAGAAAGAGUUCCCACUGGAGCUCAAGAAUCAUGCAGCCUACCUAGGUUACACAGUGUCCUCAGUGGUUGUGGGGAACUGGAGGAGGCUGUACGUUGCUGGUGCACCCAGAUUCAAGCACAAAGGAAAGGUCAUCCUGUUUGACCUCACUCCUGAAGGGGAUGUCAUAAUCACACAGGCCCUGAAUGGAGAACAGAUCGGCUCAUAUUUUGGCAGCGAGGUAUGCGUGGUGGACGUGGAUCAGGAUGGAAUAACAGAUAUCCUGCUUAUAGCUGCUCCAAUGUUUCUGGGAGCCGGAAACAAAGAAACAGGCAAAGUCUACGUCUUCUGUCUGGAUGGGGAUGGUUUUGCUCCCAACGGGACGCUGCAUUCUCAGCAGAAGGCACAGGAUGCACGCUUUGGUUAUGCCAUGGCUGUGGCCCCUGACCUCAACCAUGAUGGAUACACUGAUCUGCUCGUGGGAGCUCCGCUUGAGGAUGACCACCAGGGAGCUCUUUACAUCUACCAUGGCGAUGAAUACUACAUCAUACCUCAGUAUAAACAACGUAUCUCAGGCUCCUCUCUGUCCACGGGCCUGCGGUAUUUUGGCCGUAGCCUGAGCGCUCUGCUGGAUCUGGAUGGGGAUGAGUUACUGGAUCUUGCUGUGGGAGCACAGGGCUCUGCUGUCCUUCUGAAGUCACGCAGUAUCGUGCAGAUCAACGUUAGCCUGUCCUUCCAGCCACACUCUAUUAAUGUGAUUCAGAAGAACUGCCUCAGAGCUGGACGAGACUCCGCAUGCCUUAAUGCCACCGUUUGCUUCCUGGCCUUGUCUCGCUCUCCUGGCUCUCGUGGCACAUAUUUUGAUAUGCAGGUGGGGGCCAUGCUGGAUGACAGAAAGAUCUCAGCUCGUGCUUUGUUUGACUCCAACUCUCAGCGUCAGACCUUAAUGAGCAUCAGUGUUCGUGUUGGAGAGACCAAGUGCUACAUCUUGCCAUUUCACGUUUUUGAUACAGCCGAUUACAUCCGACCGAUCAGCUUCACUUUACGCUUCAAAAUCAAUGACACAGAAAGCGGCCCGGUACUUGACGAGGGCUGGCCAACAACACACAAGAAGUCUAUCCCAUUCUUCAAAGACUGUGGGGAGGAUGAUGUAUGUGUAACCGAUCUAGUUUUACAGGCCCAUAUGGACAUUUCUGGAACAAGGCAGGUGCCGUACGUUAUACGAAGUCCACGACGGCGGCUUGCGGUGGAAGUGCAGCUACAAAACAAGCUAGAAAAUGCCUAUAACACAAGUCUCACUCUUCAUUACUCCAAAAACCUGCACUUCAGCACCUUGAGUAUACGGGAAGAUGCCCAGUUUAAGAUUGAAUGCACGGCUCUAGGCUCAAACAGUCACUCGUGUAAUGUCAGCUAUCCUGUGUUUCGCUCUCAGUCAAAGGUGAACUUCAUGCUGGAAUUUGAGUUCAGCUGUACGUCUCUCAUCAGUAAAGUCCAGAUGAGGCUCAUUGCUUCCAGUGACAGUGUGGAGAGGGAAGGCACACUAUCAGACAACACCGUUCAGUUGCAGAGUAUUGUACAGUAUGAGCCUGAUCUCUUCAUCACAAGUGACUCAAACCUAAACCGCUAUGAGGUUCACCCGACCAGGACAGCAUCAGAGGGGACGGGUCCCGAGUUCUACACGCAUUUCAGGGUGCAGAAUCUGGGCUGUUAUGCUGUCAGCAAUCUGGAGCUGAGCGUCAGUUUGCCUGCAGUGGCUUCAGGAGACCGGGUUUUCGCAGCUGUGGUUGAUGCUUUCUCUCAUAAUGCUUCAGGUGUAAACUGCACUAUAGUCAAUGAUAUUUCUAAGCUCAAGUCCAGUCAGAGAGAUGUCCGUCCACUUCAUCCUGAAGAUAUGAAGAAAACUGAGCUAAUGAACUGCAGUUCGUCAUGGUGUGUGGAGGUGAUGUGUCACAUCCAGCAGCUGCUCAAGGGACAGACAGCCUUGAUUCGCAUCACUAGGAGGAUACAUGACAGCUUCUUCAGACAGGCCAAGUUCAAAGCAGUGACAAUCGUAGGCUCCUACCAGCUUUCUGCUCGAGAGUCCAAUCUGAUUACAAUGGGAAAUGCUGCCCUCUUGAGGGAGACUACUCUGGAGGUGCUGAAGGGCCGUUCGAUCCCGAUCUCCCUGUGGAUUCUGAUUGGCAGCAUCAUUGGAGGACUGCUGCUUCUUGCACUUUUAGUAUUCAUCCUUUGGAAGUUGGGAUUUUUCACAAGGAAACAGAGGAAGGACGAGGAUGAAAACGAUGACAACUGACACUGAAGCAAAGAAUGAACAGAGUUUCCUCUUACGACCAGGAAAUGUGACUUUUGCAGCCAUUAUUUCCCCUUUGAGACGUGACGCUUUUGUACAGGAUUAAAUAUCAGAUCCAGGUGGAAUCUACACAUUUCACUUUCUAUGCUGAUUUUUGGGGGAAAAACUGCAGAAUGGAUUUAAACCUCAUUCAAUAUUUCACAUGGAGCUAAGAGGACUUAAAAUGUGCCUUAAUAUUUAAUAAAUAUAUGCACAAAAUGCAUAAAGCUUUGUGAAUGAUGGGUCAUAUCGGUUCUUGCAGGUCUGUCGAGUGCAUUAAGUAUCAUGCUUGGCCAAGUCUCACUCUUAACAUUUUUGGAUUCUCUUGAGGCAAGAUAUGAGUAGCAAUGCCUUUUACCAGGUUAAUAUGGGAGAUUUUACAUUUCACAGAGACAGAUCAGAAACGCUUGCACUGCUUUGAAAAACAGGCAGAAAAGCAGAGAAAUGCACUAUUUGUGAAAUAGAAAAUAGUUUUGUAUUUAAGAUGAAAAUGUGGUACAACACCAAGCGAUAUGUUUCCUUUUUUGUUUUAAUGUCCAUUUCAGGUUUGUACACUGUUUUUGAGUUUUUGACAUUCAAACUAAUUAUUAAAUAAAACUUUUGUAAGCCAUAAAUAAAA